AAUUACUUGCCGUUUUCUUUUUCCUUUAAAUUUUAUAUGGUGUUUUUCAGUUCUUUGCCUGUUUAAAUGCACCUAAUGACCAGAAAGUUUGAGCAUUAAAGAUUUUCUUUGGAGAAAAUCAACGGAAAAAAAAAAGCUUGAAAUGUUGAUGCUCACCUGAAAGUAUGUAAAUUCUAAUAUUUGAAAACGGCUUUUAUAAGUAUUUCCUUUUAACAAAAUAGUAGUGAAAAUCCAUGAUACGUAUGGACGGUGAAAUUUAGUCUGGGUUCCAUAAUUUCGCAGUCUCCAUCGAACACCCUUGGAAGCCUUUUCUAAGCCAUCCCGCAAGGCGCAAAAUUCGGAUUUUGAGAUAUUCCUACUGUAAUGGCAUCUUCUGCUGCAUUUUCUACAUAUGCAUUGCAUGGAAGUAAGCUUGCUUCGCGGACAAUGUGGGCCAAUACUUUUAAUGAGCAUACUUACAGUUGUUCAAUCCUGCAAUUAAAGCAAUCAAUUUGUGGUAAGCCUAGUUCCUUGUCGGUCGAAAUUCCUUUUGAACUGCAACCAAAUGGAAGGUUAGUCUCCAAGAAUAGAAUCAUAUGCAGUGCAUUCAAGGUUGAGAAUACACCAUCAGUCAUGGUUGGGAAUAAGUUUCAACUUGAGGAUGUCAUUGAGGCUCAGCAAUUUGACAGAGAGACACUGAAUGCAAUAUUUGAAGUGGCACGUGAGAUGGAGUUGGUUGAGAAGAAUACUCCUGGAAGUCAACUUCUUAAAGGGUAUCUAAUGGCCACACUUUUUUAUGAGCCCUCAACUAGGACUAGGCUGUCAUUUGAGUCUGCCAUGAAGCGUUUGGGUGGGGAGGUUCUGACGACAGAAAAUGCACGCGAGUUCUCAUCAGCAGCAAAAGGCGAGACACUUGAAGAUACUAUAAGGACAGUUGAAGGUUACUCAGACAUAAUUGUGAUGAGACACUUUGAAAGUGGUGCUGCCAGAAGAGCAGCAACAACAGCCAGCAUUCCCAUUAUUAAUGCUGGAGAUGGUCCCGGACAGCAUCCAACUCAGGCCCUUCUUGAUGUAUACACCAUUGAAAGAGAGAUUGGAAAGCUCGAUGGAAUUAAAGUCGGACUAGUUGGAGAUCUUGCCUAUGGAAGAACAGUUCGAUCACUUGCUCAUUUACUAGCCAAGUACCAUGAUGUGAAAAUCUACUUUGUGUCACCUGAUGUUGUAAGAAUGAAGAAUGACAUAAAGGAUUAUCUGACAUCUAUGGGGAUUGAAUGGGAAGAAAGUGCAGAUUUAAUGGAUGUUGCUUCUAAAUGUGACGUCAUUUAUCAAACCCGAAUCCAACGAGAAAGAUUUGGAGAAAGGAUUGAUCUUUAUGAAGAAGCUAGAGGCAAGUAUAUUGUUAACCAGGACGUCUUAAAUGUAUUGCAAAAACAUGCAGUAGUGAUGCAUCCUCUCCCAAGGCUUGACGAGAUAACGGUGGAUGUGGACAAAGAUCCAAGAGCUGCCUACUUCAGACAAGCGAAGAAUGGUCUCUACAUUAGAAUGGCUCUUUUAAAGCUUUUACUUCUUGGUUGGUAGAAGACGGCCAUGGGUUUUCUUUCCGACAGUAGCGAGUGGUGCUUGCUUCUAUGUGGAGCAGCUAGGUUUCACUUUUAAGAGGCUUUUUGGCUAAUUUUCCUUUGACGAUUGAUAUGAGCACAAAAUUCAUACUUGCUGCCGAGUUGUACCUUACUUUGGCACACAUUGAUGGCUAACUUUUGCUGCAUUUUCCGAUUCUAAUCAAUGAUGAUGUGCCCGAGAAAUGAAAAACCCUCAGUUCUGCA